GCAAAGCUCAUUCGUAGGCGACGGUCGAAUUACGACAAGACUAAAGACAAAUAGAGAGAAAUAGAGAUAGAGAGAGAGAGUGAGACAGACGGAGUAGGAGAGGGGUGCAGAGGGAUAGAGCGGGAAACUGCAAGCAAGUCCAAGUGUUAUAACAGAAAGUGCAAUAACCGCACAGCGCAUAGAAUAAUAAACCUUGCAUCUAACUAAACUAAAGGAAAAAAAGAACAGUAAAAGUAACUGUAAAAUGCUGGUGCUCUAUGCAAAAUAUGCAUUUAUCUUCUGGCUACUCCGCGAGAGCGAUCAUGGCGAUUUGGAACUAAUGCGUCAACUGUCAGAGGAUAAAACGCUGCUCAAAGUGAGCGCCUGCACCAAAAGAUGCCUGCAAACCACGCCGCAAAAGAAAUUAAAUGACUGCCUUGAACACUGCCAAGGCGAUAAUUCGACCGAUUUAAUGCCUACGUCGCUGCGCCGAGUGCAGGAGAAUUUUCUAUUGAAGCUCGUCUGCCGGACGGAGUCCAAGCUAAGCUUUCGCAUCCAUUGGGUGCAACAUGAGAGGCACAAGAACGCCACAACACAAAAGCCACCGGAUGCUGUUUUCAUAAUCCGAACAAACGAUAAAAUGGAAUCACAGAUUUUUUUGUCUGAUGACAGUUUCUUUACCAUACCCGAACUGGAAUCGGACACAACGUACAAUAUUACCGCUCAUGCUGUGCACGCCGACGGCGCCUAUUCUCUAAUUGCCGAGGAGGCAUUUCAAACAUUGCGACGUGGCUAUCAGCCCAGCAAAAUGGGUGAGGUCAAGCUGAGAAGAUUCCUGGAGCAGCCCGACAAUUUGCACAGCAUCGCCGCGGAAGUGGAGUGGCAACCAUCAGCUGAUCGCAAUUGUUACUUUGAUAUGAUAUACUAUUCAACGGACACCCAAAGCAUGGAGACGCCAACUCCAGUGGAAUUUCGUGAUCCUCGUCAGUUGUAUACAUACAUCAUAUCCAAUAUGACAUUUGGCGAGCAGUUCAAAGUGGGCGUGCGCACUGUCAACGAUAGGAAUAUGCUGGAGAGUCCAGUGCAAUGGCUGAUCCUACAGGCGCCCAGCUGCCUGGAUUGGUUUAACAACAGCUAUGUGCUCUGCGCACCACUGAAGCCCAGCAAUCUGAAGGUGGAGCAGCAGCACUUUGAUCAGAAUAUAUUGGCAUUGAAUGUUAGCUGGUCGGCGCCUAAGUAUCCGCCGGAUAACUAUACGCUGCAUAUACUGCACAAUGAUGACGAACGGGCCAAGUUCGCCGUAGAUCAGAAUGCCAGCUACUAUUAUAUAUCCAAUAUAACAGUGCUGAGUGAUAACUUUGAGGUGGUUUUGGAUGCGCAUACGCAGGGUGGCACCAAUGCCAGCAUGGUGUUCCUUAUCAAGGCACCGCUGGCGUCCUGGCUGCUAGACAGUAGCCUAAUUAAAUGGUUGCUCUUCCUGUUGGUGUGCAUCAGUUGCAUACUCGUCCUGUGCUUCCUCACGCUGAACAGGCACAAGCGGCAGGAGUGUCCGCAUCUGGACACCAAGGAUCUUAAAGCGGCACCCAAUCAGUCCAGUGAUUUUCAUCUGUCGCUGAUCAAUAGUAGCAGCCUGUUGGCCACCCUCAACGCAGAGGACGAUGAGCUGGAGGUGGAACCACACGCGGUGCUCCUGCAGGAUGUGCUGGGCGAGGGUGCCUUUGGUCUGGUACGACGCGGUGUCUACAAACAGCGUCAAGUGGCUGUCAAGUUGCUCAAAGACCAUCCCAAUGAGGAGGAUGUGCAGGCCUUCAAGUGCGAAAUCCAAAUGCUUCGAGCCGUUGGCCGGCAUCCAAAUAUUGUUGGCAUUGUGGGCUACUCGACCAGGUUCAGCAAUCGCAUGAUGCUCCUCACCGAAUACUGCGGUCUAGGCAGCCUGCAGAGCUUUCUGCGCGAUGAGUGGAAAUUCCAGCAGGAGCGCAAUAAUCAGGAUGUGCGCCCCAAACUUCAGCCAGCUGUUGCUGUCUGCUGUCCUGUGCGGAUUCAGCAGCGCUCAGGACGAUUGCUGGACAACAGUACACGCAUCGAGGAUAUUAAUAUAUCCAUGCUGUCGACGCUGGAGGAGGAGAACGAGUCGGAUCUCUCGCGCGAUAGCCACAAACUGACCAAGCUGGUAAAUGCCGCUGACAACAAAUCAUAUGGACUGCAAGAGAUUGAGAAUCUCGAUGCGAAUCCGGUGGCGCCACCAUCUGUGGCCUCCCUAAAGGCUAUACUGAAACGAAAUGCGCUAAAUGAACAGAAAUCGAUGAAAAUCUCUGGCACCGUUAGCUUUGAGAAUCAGGAGUACUUUGAGGCACCCCCAGUGGCAGCUAUCAGAGAACCCCUCAAAUAUGCCGAUCUUCUGGACAUUGCGCAACAAGUGGCCGUGGGCAUGGAUUUUCUGGCGCAGAACAAGAUCGUGCAUCGCGAUUUGGCUGCACGCAAUGUGCUCAUCUCCUUGGAUCGCACCAUUAAAAUAGCUGACUUUGGUCUCAGUCGGGAUGUCUAUCAUGAGAAUGUGUAUCGCAAGUCGGGCGGCAGUGGCAAGCUGCCCAUCAAGUGGUUGGCUCUGGAAUCAUUGACGCACCAGGUCUACACCAGUCAGAGUGAUGUCUGGUCGUUUGGUGUACUGCUGUAUGAGAUCACAACGCUGGGCGGCAUGCCGUAUCCAUCGAUCUCGCCCAGAGAUUUGCUGCAGCUGCUGCGUCAGGGACAUCGGAUGAAACGACCCGAUGGCUGUACGGAUGAACUGUUUGCACUGAUGGAGAGCUGCUGGUGUUCAAUACCCGCCAACAGGCCCACAUUUGCCGAGCUAAAGCUACACCUCGAUGCGAUGAUAAUAGCCACCAAUGAGUUGCCACUGCGUCUGCUCCAGCAACGGAUAAACCAGGCCAACGAGCAACCAGAGAAUCCGCACAGCAAAGUGGAGCAGCUGCCCCCAGAUGAUGUGCACUAUUUGCAACCGUUGAACUAGCUGCCACCUGAAUAUGGAGUUGCGACUUAAAUGUUUUAUUUAGUGCAAUAAACUUUAAGUAAUUA